AUGUAUUAUUCGGAUGACACCUUCGAAGCCGACAGAAGUGCCGAUUUAGAGUUAUCUGAACUAGAGUCGGGAACUAGAUACGAGAUUAAAUUAAAAACUGUCGUGGAAUUUGGUGAAGACUGUGGUACCCAAGUGUCCUUGCUGAGAACAGAUCUCUAUGUCUGCACAAAAGUAGCUCGUGUCCUUGACUCUUUGACCUUGAGUGACUCUACCGCGACUUCACUUACCAUCAGUGGAUUUGGAGUGACCUCUGGCAACUUCCGUUCUCUAAACAUCACACUUCGAGGAGCGUGUGCGGCCGACAAAUCAAUCCUGCACAAAAUCUACCAUUACUACUACCCUUACCAUGACUCAGACUCUCACACCGAGAAAUUUACUGAUCUGAAAGCGCGAUGCGACUACUAUGUGUCCUACUAUGCUUCAUGUAAUGCUGAUGAAAACGUAGAAUAUUCAGCACGAAGCGUCGAAACUGUUUUCACCACUCCUGGCGGAUAUUGGAAUCCAUACACCGAAAAACCCGAAAAAGCUUAUCAUUCAAAUCCAUACAGUGGUGAGUCUUGGGGCCAAUAUCUUGAAGAAUACGAAGAUGAGAGCGAAAGCAAAUUCAACCACUGGCCUUGGGUUGUUGUUGUUGUUGGCAUUGGAUUCAGUCUCACAGUCCUUCUUUUCGUCGGGAGAAAAAUCAAAGCGUCUAGAUGGAAAGCUUCGUCAGGACAAAACCCACCUGGAAUUCGUAUUUACUUCUCCGGCGCAAGCGAGUCGGUUGAUAUCGUAGAUGAUAACAAACUGAAGAACAGUGACAGCUUCAAUGCAACGACCCCACCCCUCAAGGAGUACUCCUCCGAGCAAACCACUGACGAGCGAGAGGAGUUGAUGCCAUAA